CUCCAUCCAAUGGGAUAGUGUGAACGUGAGUUUAUUCGAUCCACGUUACCAUCUUCCAAUAUCAGCUUUUGUCUGUUUCUCUCUCUUUUUAUCUUUCCGAAUCUUUUUAAAAUUUUACUUUUGCUUAGUCUCGCGAUUCGACUAUUCCCUACUCGCCCUCCCUAUUUCUCUCCCCAAUAGAUGAUAACAAAUCAAUUUGAUGACUCGGAAAAAUAAAAUAAAAAAUAAAAAUAAAAAUAAAAAAGAUGAUAACGUUUACGACAUAAGUUAUACGUGCAAAAAGUCUGUGACGCGUAUUUUGACCACAUAGGAAAUUGGAUAGAGUCGAUCAAGUAUAGUAUUUUGCAUUUUUUUAAUGGUUUAAUAGAUUUUAGAUAUUUUCAAAACACGAAAUCUAGUAUCUAGAACAUAAAAGAUUUGAAUUGGUCCAAACCCUUUUGAUGAAGUGUUUGUAGUAUUGUGUGGCCUUUAAUGAACUUACAUCAAAGAGGGAUGGGGAAAACGUAACAUCCGUGGCGUGGCUCUCUAAGUUUUUUUUGGUUCUAGGAGAUGAGAUGGAGACGUAAAACUGAUACAUACAUUACAUAAGAUAAGAGCGGCGAGUAGCUUCGUGAAAGGGCGUCUGCUGUUUCAAAAAUGGUUACUUGUCUUUAUCCGAGACAAUUACACGUCAGAAUAUGUACAAUGUAGGCCUCUUUAGUAAAUAUCAUAGAAGAAUAAAUAUCAAAGAUUAUUUAUAGCUUUAAUAAUGUAUUGUUGGCCAGAACAAAAAAAAAUACUAAAAAAUAAAGAAAGCUUUUAUUAAAAUAUAAUAAGGUGGGGGAGUUAAGUUAGGCUUGAUUAAGAGAGAUCGACUCUGGAAUGCACAAAGAGGAAGUAGGUAAUAAAGGGUUAGAACCGACCCCAUUUCGUCACACAUAUGACCGUUCAUCAAUAUUGGAGUAUUAAAGAUCUACUUGUGUUUUGUUUUGCUUUGUUUUGUGCCAUGUGGAUGUUCAGGUUUCCAGCCAGGGCUUUGUGUUGUAACCUUAUAUAAUAUCAUCAUAAUUCUAGCAUUCAAUGACGGCCCUCCUUAGAGAGAGAGUCCCAAGGAGUAGUGAGUGAUAGGCAAGUACUUUUUUUUGGGAUACAGCUGCUUGCUUCGACAAAUAUACUGUACAUAUAUACACGGUAUACAAAAUAGCUUACAAUCCACGUGUGAUAUGUUAAUUGGCUUGAAAGAAUAGUGCAUAAAUAAAAUAAAAAAAAAACACAACGAGAAUCCAACCAAACCAGCGGUGCUUGCGAGUUUUUGGUUCCAAAAAUUUCUUUCCCGGGACAAGAAAGAAAAGAAAGUCGUCGUUUGUUUUUCUUGUUCUUCUUCUUCUGGGGGGAAGGGCUGUGUGAUUUGAUCUUGAUUGGAGAAGAAUAAUGGAUCAGAUCUUUAACAAGGUUGGAUCCUAUUGGUUAGGCCAGAAGGCCAAUAAGCAGUUUGACUCCGUCGGCACCGAUCUCAACUCGGUGUCAACGAGCAUUGAGGGAGGAACAAAAUGGUUGGUCAACAAAAUCAAAGGGAAAAUGCAGAAGCCGUUGCCUGAGUUACUAAAAGAGUAUGAUCUACCCGUGGGAAUCUUCCCAGAGGAUGCCACAAACUACGAGUUCGAUGAGCAGAGCAAGAGACUAACUGUUUUGAUCCCAAACAUCUGUGAAGUUGGGUACAAGGACUCAUCAGUCUUGAAAUUCGCCACAACGGUGACAGGACACCUUGAGAAAGGCAAGUUAGCAGAGGUGGAAGGAAUCAAGACAAAAGUUAUGAUAUGGGUUAAAGUGACAAGCAUAUCCGCAGAUGCAACAAAGGUGUAUUUCACUGCUGGGAUGAAGAAGAGCCGGAACCGAGAUGCUUACGAGGUUCUAAGAAAUGGCCUCCGAGUCGAUAAAUUCUAACUUAACUCCAUCCUACUACUCUUUAUCGAUUCUUAUCUUCCCAAAAGUUUCAAAACCUUAUUCAUGAUUGUGAUGAAGACUUUGAUACGGCCGGAGCAUAUAUAUAUAUAUAUAUAUAUAUAUAUAUGUCUUGUCUUUCGGUUAACUUAGGAGGCCUAGAAUCCGACUUUUGCCUUUGCAAUCAAAUACAUUUAUGAUCCCAUCAUUGUUGCAUUCCCAAUUGUAAAAAAAAAAGAAAUAUGUACUAUUAUGAUUUUGUCUCAGUUUGA